CUGAGUUGUUACACUUGUACGAGCAACGUUUCUUGGGCGGACUGUAACUCGAAAAUGACAAAAACAGGAUGCCCAUCGGGAACACCUAAUUGCGCCAAAAGCUUAGACACAUGCUUUAAGGCCGGUGGAGUCAAGAAACAGAUCUUCUUCAAGAGAUGUGGCACCCAAGGAAAGACCUGCCAGCCUAAAAAGAGUCCCUCUUCCUGUACUGGUUCAAAGUUUAUUUCAGCAUUUGGUUUCAGCUCCGAGGACACCUGUUGUUAUGGAAACAACUGCAACUCGGGCCCACGGUAUAAGGUCAGCAGCGCACUUAUGGGAGUUUACAUUUUAUUGGUUUUCUGCGGUCUUCAUUCUUUCUUUACAUUUUAA